AUGAUCAAGUUUGGCUACGAUUUCUUCGCUGGACUGGACAACGUGCGGUAUCUGGAUAUGUCGUCAAACCAUUUGACAGCUGCGUACGUUGGCUCAUCCAUCGCCCACUCCUGCUCCAACCAGUUUUGUGCAGUCGAAGCGUUAAACCUUACGAAAAACAGCAUUUCAGUUUUCCCGACUGUGGUCUUCAACGUCGACAACUUGCAGGAACUAUAUAUCGCAGACAACGACAUCUCAGAUUUUACCGUCAGCUCGACGGUUUUCAGCGCCAUCCAGGCUCUAGCAGCGUUCGACUCGGAUCUUCCUGACGAAGCAGCAACGUGCACGGACGGAACAUUGCAAACUGCACACAAUCGCAAGUUUUGCGUCACCAAUAGCUCCAUUACUACAGCAGACACAUCUUCAAGCGAUUCCAGCUCGUUGACUAUCGCCUUGGUGAGUGGAGGGUGUUUUAUUGUAAUUAUUCUUGUUGCAUUCGGUGCCCGAAGAUACGUCUCGCGCAAGAGAUUCCAGCGCCUAUCUUCUUCCAAGAAUGAUUUUUAUUCUCAAGAAUUCGGCGAUACUCUAGAUUUUGACGACACUCAAGUCGAAGUGGAUGCAGUCUUCCUUAAUGACCCCGUGAUUGUAACCAACCGAAUCGAUCAUAAGCUGCUAAAACUGGGCCAAUGCAUCAGCAAAGGAGGCUUCGGGUUGGUAUUUUUGGGCGAAUAUAAAGGUCGUCGCGUGGCUAUCAAGAAAAUCCGCCCUGACCGCAGUGUUACGACCGCGGAGAUCGAGACUUUCCUUAAAGAAAUUAUCAUGAUGGCCGUGUUGUAUCAUCCGCGAAUUGUGAAGUUUAUCGGCGUGGCGUGGGAUAAUCUACGACAUUUAUCCGCCGUCACCGAGUUCAUGGAUAAUGGCGAUCUGCGCGAAGUGUUGCAUGGAUAUAAACUGAAAGGAGAGCAGCUCUCCUGGGAGUCACACAAAGCCACAAUCGCGCUGCAUAUUGCAGAAGCGUUGGCGUACCUUCAUGCCCUCAAGCCGAAGAUUAUCCAUCGAGACUUAAAAUCCAAAAAUGUGCUUCUGAACAUGUAUCUGGAGGCCAAAUUGAGCGAUUUUGGCAUAUCUCGGAUGCAUUAUCUGGUCGAAACGCACAUGACUGCGGGUGUGGGCACGUCCUUCUGGAUUGCACCCGAAGUUUUACUCGGUCGAGAUUACGAUGAAGCCGCGGAUAUUUUCUCUUUCGGCGUGGUUUUGUCGGAAAUCGACACUGACGAUUAUCCGUAUUGGAACGACGAAAAUCCGUCGAAUCGGGGAAAAAUCCAAGAAGCGGAAAUUUUGAGUUUAGUGGCGGAAGGAAAAUUGCGUCCAAGCUUCUCGAAAGAUUGUCCCAAGGCGAUUUUAGACCUGGCAGAUUGUUGUUUACAGAAGAAACCGGAGGCUCGCCCCACUGCGGCGGAGAUUGUGGUUAUCCUUGAGCACAUGAUACACGCGUCGGAGCGCAGUUCCUCCUCGCUACACUCGGGAGCAUGGUCGGUCACAAGCUCGGACGUGGGGAUCUGA